AGACAAUGGAAGCGACAAGGAACGUUCCGUUCCAACCGAUUAGCCGGUGAGAUGGCCUGAGCCCUUACAUGGAAUAAGCCGCAAUGUGACACAUGACGAAAUCUCCCAUGAGAGAGUAUGCCUUACUCUUGGCAAGAAGCGGAAUGCCUUAUUAUGCAACGCCGUCUUGAGAUGGAGUACAAACACCCUGGUUGCCCCCCCCCCCACGCUCGCAUCUACUGAGAUCGAGCUCGUUCUGAACCUCAUCCAGAUUUGAAAAUUCUUACUGCUUUUGAGAGUUUCCCCUAACCUUUUGUUUUACCGAUUCCAAUGCAGCUCCUUCAGAUCAUCAACAGAUCGGCGUUUCUAGCCUUGCUUUCCUCUCCGUUCUAUACACAUGCACAAAGAUCUCAAAACGCAGAUGCGGAAGAAUUAAGCCCAUACAAUCAGAACCUAACGCUUCGCUUCUUCAAGGACGGCCAUGACGACACGUGCAACUACUACAACUCCACCGACGCCUUGACCUUCACUACCAGCAGCAUCCCAGUCGUUCAACACUGUUUCAGUCUUGCAGACCUCUUUGGCGGAAACGCCACGCAAGGCUUUGUAAAUCAGACAUGGAAUCUCGGUUACAACAGUUUUGGCGACCAGGAAGCGGGCAUACACUGGACGCUUCUCAACGCCGACAAGUACGACAGAUCAGCCAACUACUCGCGGGUUCUGUACCGUCACCAUGUAGUGCAGGCCUCCGACGACCUAUGGAAGGAGGGCCAUCUAUCAAACGUCUGGGUCACUAUCGAUGGAGGAGAAGAUUGCUCUGAACUCGAUCCUAACGAUGACAAAAACUUGCUGAAUUGGUUUGGGUACAGCUGCUGGGGUGCUGAUGAGGGUAAUUGUGGCAAUACACCUUACCCCAUCAAUAGCUUCAACGUUUACCCAGGCAACCAGAAGUCAGACCGCAAGUGCUGGUUGCAUGCGGAACUGGGCGCUGCUGUGCAUGGAUUCUCGUCUUCUAGGGCGGUGAUGGGAGCUUUUGCGAGUGUAUCUCUAGCUUUGUGGCUGGCUUUGUAGGGUGUAGGAACAUCGGUCACGAUAAUUGUAUGCUAACAUAUCUUAACAAACGAGCUUUCCAUGCCUAGGAUUGAAAGAGUCGGUAAACUUUUGCGAGUCGACAAGAUGGCGUGAUGAAGGUAGAAAGUUUGAAUUUACAUUACGCCUAUGUAUGCCCAGCCUUUUGAAC